UAAGAAACAAAAAUAUCAAAAAAUCAAAACAGUCCGACAGAGAUGUUAAUAAUAAUAAUCUGUGUUAAAAAAAUCAUUGCUCUAGCUUCAAAACCCACGGAGGAAACAGUCGAGUACGUUUGUAUGGAGAAAUGACCACUCCUGUUGCCUCUUAAGAAGCGCCUAUCGGCCAGCAUUGUUUACGGCCGUAGGGUUUUUUAACCACGCAGGACGUUUCUUUAUAAAAGGUCAGCCGGACUCAAACGUUCGCUGAUUAGUUCUUUGGCAUUGCGGUUUUUAGCACGUUUAUGACCAGUUAAAAAAAAUCUUAAACCAAACCGGCCUAGUCGUAGUUAUAUUUCUAAAUUAAAGUGAUCCUAUCACUGCAGCGGGAUUUAUGAGAAUAUUUAAAGUGUGAAGUGAUUUAAAAAUCUUAUUAUUAUAGGAAACUCCCUCAAAGAACCUCUAGUUUCGUUGAGAUGAAAGAUUGCAGGUUCAAUUCUGGGAACUAAAUUUUGUAGUUAUAUUUUGCCUCGUAAAGCGUUAUUUAUGAUAUUUUACAUAAAAAGCGAUAGUAAAAAAUCAAAGGAGACACAAUCAUUGUUUGAUUUAAAUAUUAUAUUUGUUACACAUAAUGAUGUAUGGACGUCUUGUGAAAAUGGAUCUAACCCAUGAAAUGUUGAGGACAUACUUUGUAGUGUUUAUGUUCGUGUUCGUGACAGCGGCAGAAUUUACUAAAGAAGUCGAUCGUUACCCAUUUGGAGUGGUUUCCGAAUAAAAUAAAGAAAUUAGCAGUACAAAUGGCGGACUUAACGCCUUAAGACAUUCUCCACCAGUCAACCAUCUCUACCAGGCUUACCAGAUACAGUUAGUUUGGUGCAGGAUUGCAAAAAGUCCAAACCCAGACAAACCCGUCGCCAUUAAACCAAAAAGCCUAAAGAAACUGUACAUGACAGUGAUGAACAAAGACCACAGACUAACAAGAUCAUACGAUUAUUACCACAUAGGGAACCUAGCCAAGAACAAGGAUAUAGACUUUAGUAAGAAGACGUUACUAUACUGUGGCGGUUACUUGGAUUCUACUAGUUGGCCUCUAGGGAGUGAACUAGGGCAAGUAUAUAAGGAUUCGGGAUAUAAUGUGCUGCUGUUGGAUACUUUGGAGUUUACUGCACGGUUAUAUCCACUCGCCUCACAAGUAAUACGACCAAUCGGCAAGCACGUAGCCGAAAUGCUGGUUAAGCUAACAGCACACGGCCUUGACCCAAAAAAGCUGGAGCUCAUCGGUCUAAGCCUCGGCGCUCACACCAUGAGCUUCAUCGCCAAGAACUACCGUCAAAUGACCGGCCAAAACAUCUCCUCACUCACUGCCCUGGAUGCUGCCGGGCCUUGCUUUAGACAGGCAGCACCAGACCAAAGACUGGACCCUUCCGACGCUGAUUUCGUCCGUGCGGUUGUCACAAACAUGGACGGUUUCGGCAUAGACCUCCCUGUCGGACAUGUUAUGUUCUACGCCAACGGAGGAGAUUACCAGACAGGAGACAUAUCUUGGCUACCCUGUGACAUCGUUUGCAGUCAUCUCAGAGGAUACUUACUUUGGCUAUCAGCUUUACACAACCCUGGUACUUUCAUCGGUGUGCGUUGCGAUACGAUGCAGCAGGUCAGAGAUGGUGACUGCUACGAUUUAAAACCAAUGGUCACUAAUACAUUAGAUUUAUAUACUGAUAGAAGUAAACCAGGAAUCUAUUAUCUUCAGACGAGUAACUGGUACCCGUAUGCUAUGGGGAAGAGAGGGUUGAAGAAAUAAAAGAUGGGAAUGUUUCAUGUUUCGACAUCCUUAAAUGAUGGUUCAAGUGAAAUAAGUUGAUUGAAUGAGACUAAAACAAAUAUUGUAUUAAUGUAAGAUAUCACAUUUAGGCGCUGACGUGAUGUAUUCUUUGAAUAUUAAAUACUAUAAGUAGGCAAAUAAAUCACAAAAGUAUCCAGAAAUAUAGUAAACUAACGUUGUAUUGGGUAAAAUGAAAAAAGUUGUAUUGGGUAAAAAUAAUAUCACUUUAUUGUAUAACUCUUCUUUUUAUAUAAUUCAAAGUUCAUUUUAAUUAUCUGAAUCCACAACUUCUCAUAUUAUGUUCAAAUAAAAUCUACACAAUAAACUAAAAUUUUAAAAUGCUGUCAGUAAGUAAGUAAAAUAUUCUUUAUUGUGCACCAUAUAUUUAAAAUAGACAGGAAACGAAAUACACUUAAAAGCUAGGUGUCAAUUACUUUUAAAUUGGAUACUACACUUAGAUAAGUUACAAUCGUACAAUUAAAUAUGUGAUAUUAAUUAUAGGGUGCCCUAUUGAUUUUCCGACAAACUGUAAGUACGCCGAUUUUCGAUUCGCCGACAACGAUUCGCAGACGGGUUCUUUGGCCGAGUAACGAUUGGCAAAAUGUUAUUAUGAAAUGUAAAUAUGCG